CUUUAGCGUUGCUCCACGACGUCUCAGCCUUCUCGCUUCAAACAUCUAAUCCAAUCGCAACUGCGUGCCCAUUCAUCAUCUUGAUCAAAGAAAAUAGAGCCUCCCUUUUUUUGCUCAUACCGACAAAUCAUUCUCAGCGUCUACGACAUAUCUAAGAACUACCUUGCGAUUCGAUCUUUGCAACGUGGCGCAUAAAUACAACCAUUAGUAUCCUUCACUUCAUGAUAGCCUCAACGAACUUUCAUCCACAACGACUACUCUAGUCGCGCAUCAUGGCAGCGCAAGAGAUAGACAAUCCAGCUGCACCGGCGAUCGCAGCUUUCACGACUCUGCUAGAAGAAUUCCUUUCCCAAGCAGAGACCGCCAAGCCAACAUCAGCGAUUGAGCCAGCGUUGCGCAAGUCCGAUUUCGACGACCUCUCAGGCCGAGUAUCCAGAACCGCGGACGAUGUUUCCAGCCCAGCUGCUGAAGGUGCUGCGUCAACGAUCGACAAAGGGCGACAGUUUGCUAUAAUAGAAACUGCCGCUCGUAACAUAUUCAGUCAACUCAUUGUAAACCCCGACUCUCCCAUGCGAUCCGCGCCUUGCGCUGACCAAAAUAGGCGACAACCACCAUCGAUUCUCCCGACUAUGUCAAGGUGUGGAACCUCCUCGAUAUCCUGUCGAUUCUUUCCGACGAUGGACAAUGUGAUCCCGCGCUGUUGUUCUGGCUAGCAGAGGAACUACUGGACAGUCAAACUAUUGCUGGCUGUCGUAAGAUCUUUGAUUUCCUUGAGUCGAGGAGAGAACGAAUCACAGCAAACCAUUUCAAACAAAAGCAAUUGAUUAUUCUUCGAACAUGCAAUGAAUUACUACGCCGACUAUCUCGUGCAGAAGAUACUGCUUUCUGCGGUCGCGUUUUCAUCUUCAUGUUCCAAAGCUUUCCUCUGGGCGACAAGAGUUCUGUGAACCUACGAGGCGAAUACCAUGUCGAGAAUGUCACGACCUACGAGGCGACGCGGGCAGAGGAUGAAUCUAAGAUGGUUGUGGACGAGCCAGAAGAGCAACUAAAGGAGCAAGCAGAGUCAAAGUCCACACCCAAGUCAGCCGAUGCCAAAAAGGCAGACAAAGAGAAGCCCCUAUCGACAGACGAGCUUUAUCCACUAUUCUGGUCCCUUCAGGAAUACUUCAGUCAACCCAAAAAGCUUUUUGAGACUACCAAUCUGACGUCUUUCAAAGAGGGUCUAGCAGCCACAAUGAAAGUCUUUCAAACAGUCCACAACGAUUCAAGACGAAGCCUCAAACGAAAACGAGAGAGUGGAGAAGAAGAUGAGAGUUCUAACACAUUCAAUCCCAAAUAUCUCACUAGUAAAGAUUUAUUCGACUUGGAGAUCAGUGAUUUGUCUUUCCGACGACAUAUUCUUGUGCAAGCUCUCAUCAUCAUGGAUUUCCUCAUCUCACUAUCCAUCCAAGCACGAGAGCGACUUACAGAAGCUCUCCCCGUCAAUGCCAGCGUAAAUAAGGCCGUCAUGUACAGUGACCAAGUCCUGAGUGACGAAGACGCUGAAUGGGCUAGUGACAUGAAAAAGACUAUUGCGGACUACCUCCGCCAGGGUGCUGAUGGUCCAUAUUUUUAUCGAAUGGUAGAAACCGUGCUGGCUAGAGACAAGAACUGGGUUCGCUGGAAGAUUGAAGGCUGUCACCCCAUCAAACGAGACCCAGUCUCGCCGGCAUCCUUUCUUGAGGCAAAGGCCAACGUUCAGAAAAUGGCUACCAGCAAGCGGCUAAGGUCGGUCCCUAUGGGCUCUGUCUCCCUGGACUUUCUCAAGGAGGAGGAUGAAGAGACAGCGAUGAGUCGACUCAAAGCCAAGGAGCGCUAUGAGCUACCAGAGCUCGACACGUUCAAACGUAAAAUUGCCGACGACGAUUUUGAGAUGGAUAUGCCAACAAACGACCAAACCAAAGCUGCUGCUAUCGCUGGCAAGGCCAGCAAGAGCUGGAGAGCACUACGAAUCGCAGCGCGCUCAAAACUUGCCGCGCUCGACAAGAUUGAAGAUCCUAAGAAGAUUGAUAUCGUGUUCGAGGAGCUUACAGAAGUGGAUGAUAUCGAGGACACUGCUGAGCCCACAGCAAAUGAAGAAGAUAUGCCCUCCAACCGAGAACCUAUCAUCAUCUCUGGCAUUACAGGCGUAGGCAAGUCAACCAUUAUCAGAAGACUUAUGGAAGAGCGAAAGGGAGUGUUCGCUCCUGUUGUCCGCCAUACCACACGAGAGCCUGUUGAGGGUGAAGUCAACGGCAAGAGUUUCCACUUUGUCAAGCAACAAGAGUUCAACCAGCUACGAGAUGGGGACCGCUUGAUAGAAUCAGGUACUCGGGACGGCGUCGAUUACGGAACCAGUUUCAAGGCCAUCGAGGCUAUCUCAGAGAGUGGCAAAGUGCCAAUAAUCGAACUAGAUAUCGAGGCUGCCCAAUAUGCCAAAGAUAUGGACUUCCAGGCACGCUACGUGCUCAUUACGACGUCUACCCCUGAACUUCUCAAGCAGCGCCUCGAGGCUUCGGGCAAAGAAGAAUCCGCCAUUCAAGAUAUCUUAAAGAAAUUUUCUACAGAACUUGAGUCGAGAAAGGUCGACGAGCUGUUUGACACAUCAAUUGUCGACGACGAUGACGUUGAAGCAGUCAAGGCUAUUGGGAAUUACAUAUAUGGGGAAAGUGAGGGAAAGCAGGGCUUGAGUGAGGACACAGCUAUGAAGGACGAGGAGGAAGAUACCACCAAGGUCGCCGAGACAAAGGAGGCCACGAUGACAGAUGCAUAAUACUGAGAUGGAGCAUGUCGAAAUAACUGUGUGAAUUAUCUGUACUUGUAGACCAGUCUCAGGUGAACUGGCAAUGGGCAAAGCGAUGUUCCCAUAUUUUGUGUGAACUAGUCAUCAACCACAAGCAUUUCACUGUCUCUUGCGCUGUCAAAGAGGCAGAGCACAUCAGAAACAUCAGGUUUCGGGUAAAAGACCAACAAUAGAAUUAAGCUAUCUGAGCAUCAA